AUAACUUAACAUGUCAUUGAAUUAAUCGAACACUUCCUUUCCGCUCUGGCAUGCUCCCCUCCCCUUUCUUGUUAGAUAAAUCUUAUAUAAUCAUGACAGCUUCGGCUUCUAAAAUAGCAUCUUCCUAUCCAACCGUGUUUGAUCUUGCCGAUAGGUAAGAAAAAGAAGCAUUCAUGCAUUACGCGGUGGCGCUGGCAGUCUGGGCGCUGGUGAUGGACGAUUCGUCGAUUAAAAAUCCCGAGCUAGGAAGAUAUAUGGAGCUGCCGUACUAGAACAGAGCGUGAAUCCCGGCGUGAAUCUUGAAUUUGAAGCAGUUGAGAGGUGCUGUUACUUGUAAGAGUCGUUCUUGCUUGGUUUUCAAGCAAGGAUGUUUGUACUGCUAUGUACUGAGAAGACUUGAGAUGUUUGCACAGACAAUCUAGUCUGGCUCUGAACAAUACACCUUUCUCCUUCUUCAUAUGCUUCGAGGUUGAGACAAAAAAUCCUUCAAAAGACUCCCUUGUACAACUGAUACAAGUGCAAUUUCCCAUGGAUCAUAUAUCUGCACUACCUCUGUUAUGCUUUGAUAUCAUGCUAUGAAAUGAAAAAGUACUGAACGAGGACAUUUUUUUGUCAAAAUGGCGAAACAAUACGAUGUUCUGAUAAGACUUCUAAUGCUGGGAGACUCUGGUGUUGGCAAAACGUGUAUGUUGUGUAAAUUUACAGAGGAAGCCUUUAGCCACACACACAUUGCCACGAUAGGUAUCGACUUUAAAAUGAAAACCCUUGUGGUGGAUGAUAAAAAGAUUCGCAUUCAGAUAUGGGACACAGCUGGGCAGGAGAGAUAUGACACAAUUACAAAGCAGUAUUUCAGGAGGGCACAGGGUAUCAUGCUUGUCUAUGACAUCACAAGUGAAACCUCAUUCAGGAAUCUCAGCAAAUGGCUGAACAUGAUAGAUGCGGGUGCUGGUGAUGUUGCUAAAUUCCUGGUUGCUAAUAAAUCAGAUGCAUCGGCUCUCCGGAUUAUAUCAAGGCAAGAGGGCGAAAUGUUUGCAAGGGAGAAUAACCUACAGUUUAUAGAGGCUAGUGCAUUCAGUGGAGAUAAUCUGAAUGAGGCUUUUGAAAGUCUAGUCAAGAUUGUGAUGGAGAAGAAUAAGAAGGACAUUGAUGAUCAGCUACAGAGUAUCAAGUUAUACGGUGCCAGAGAGGAUAGUACCAUUGAUGGUGAAGUUGAUGAUGUCAAGACGGGUGGAUGCUGCAGUUGAUGUCAAGUCUCUCUUUAUAUAUUGUUUAUUUAACUGCCUGAAAAAAAAUGCUAUGGUAACAUAAGAUGAUGUAUUGAAGUAUCAUGGAUGUAACUUCUCCAUAUUUUUUCAAGUCACAGAUGUGCAAUAAGGCCUAUGGUGCCUUUAUAGCACACUAUAGUUUUGUACAACCACUUUUAUUUGAACCGUAAGAGCAUUAGAGAUGACUUCUAUUGAGGUAGUGUUUUUUUUUAAGUGGUUCAACAUACUUUGUAUGAGCUAUGCUUAACUGCCUAAUUACAUGUAUGAUAUAGGUGUGGUAGUUGACUUGAUAUGAGUAUUGCUCCAUCUUCUAAUAAUUUCAUUCCAUUGUAUUUCUUUCAUGUUUUACACUCUAUAAAAUCUAAACUAGGCUUUUAUUAAAGAGCAUGCUGGUUUUCAGUGAAGCUUGAGGGAACAAGCAUGUUGUCUGAUGUAGAUGUUACUAUGACUUAGAUCUUGAUAGAGUAUACAAAUAAACCAGGCUUUGAGAAAGUAUAGUGGACCUCAUUCAUCUGAUGUUGGACUGGCAAGUACUAUUUUUUUUUCUGUUUGCCAUGAGGAAAAUAUAGAUAUAUUGCCAGUCCAACUGAGCUCCAAAUAGUUUUACCCCAGAAAAUAUAUUUUGUCUCAUGAGCACCAACUGACCAAUCAAUGGCAUUUAUUUAGAAUGCUCAUGAAUAUUCAAUGAAGAAUAUUUUAAAGUCGACUUUGUCAGUUCUUGAAAGGGAUGAAUUGCAUAGGGGUCCUGAUCUGGACUUCAUUGUUUUCCCCUCUCAUCAGUCUGACCGACACCCUUUCUAUAUCGAGUUUAUACUUGUUUAUAAUUUUGACAAGAUAAUUUAUAUUCUUUAGAUGUAAAUACACAAUCUUCGCGUACAUUUUUAAAUAAGUGGAGGCUGAGGUGGAUGACAUAGGAUAGUGAUGUGACUUAAUUAAAAAAUGCAUGGAAGCGUCGUGGUGUAGCGGUUCUGACUCUCGCCUUGUAAUCAGAGGGUCGUGUGUUCGAAUCCCACCAUGGCCUAGCGUCCUUUGGCAAGGCGUUAAUCCACACUUUGCCACUCUCCACCCAGGUGUUAAAUGGGUACCCGGUAGGAUGUGAAAGCCUAUAUGUAGUAUGCCUAGCAAUUGAGUCUUGGAACUCUUGUUGGAAUGCUCCCCAGGGAGUGGAGAAGGUGCAUACAUUGUAUGCGGGCAUGCAAGGAUCCGAUGACCGGGGUAAUAAUAUGUCUGUAAAGCGCUUAGAGACGUCGUUCCGAUGUAUUAAGCGCUAUAUAAAUGCGGAAUAUUAUUAUUAUUAGGCAAUGAUAGUCCUUAUUGGUAUCAUACUGGGCAUGGUGGUUCACUGGUAGAGUGCCUGCUUCAUGAACAGGUCGAGGGUGUGAUGCCCGGCUGACUCGUACCAAAGACUUUUCAAUAUGGAAUAUUCUGCCUUCUAGCCAGGCACUCAAGAUUUAGAUAGAAAUAUGAUAACAACAUGUUAUGUUUGUUUUGCAGGGCUCGCUGGUAUAGAGCAGUUUUAUUAAUGAAGUGGCUACCCAGUGUAAAUAAAAUGUUAUUACUUGUUAUUAUCAUAAUACCAGUUGGGCUAUUCCACGGUUACCCACGUUACAUUUGGAGACACCUUGACUCAUACUUGGAGCUGUAACUCCAUUAUUAUUGAUAGGAACUAAACAUCUCUUUAUCACAACAUAGUACGCAGUCUGACUAUCCUUUGUAUAAAAACAAAACUUGGGAAAUUUCAUUAUGCUCCUGGCAAAUCUUUGAAAUGUGUCGGUUACUCAUGUUACAUGAUUUGGACAUGCAUAAAAUGAAAAGUGGACAUAAGUGAAAAGUGUCCUCAUACAAGGCUUUUAUGAAAGUUGAUUAUAUCAAUUUCAAAGAAGUAUAUUAGGGAGACAAAUUUGUAUAUAAUUCCAAAAAUACAGAACACAUGGUUUUUACUAGGGGUGCAGAUAAAGUGGUUACUCACGUUACGGUUCAGAUGGGCUAUAUGUACAAAGACACAUUGAGCUCAUGUCCACCAACCUAUGGAAUUGCCCAGUUUUAUUUUACAAAAUUUGCUUGAUUUUCUGAUACUGGUAACUCUGUUAUUAUGGUACCCGCAAAAAUAAAUGGGCUCUGGUGAUUGAACAGACAAACUUGCUUAGCAUUAGAUGGAUUAUAAAAGGGAGACAAGAAACAAAAAGGAUCAAAACGUCUAUGAAUUUAUAUAUUAGAAUUACAUUGCCAAUUGGAACUGCAUAGUAUUAUCAACUCCUUGGUAUAAUAGUACCUCAUUAUAUCAUCCUUACUAGGAAUACUUUUGUAUGUGUACAGAAUCUCUCGAUUGAAUGUUUCGUACUCUAAUAUGACUGCUCUUGGCACAAAUAACAGAAGUCUAUGACACCUUUUGGGAUCCCAGAGAGGAAUACUGCUAUGAAGCCUCUAUGUGUCUUUCACAGUAGCUUUCCUCCAUUCCCUAUGGUGAUCAGUGAUAAAAAGAUGCUGUAGGCUUGUGGAACCCUUUGUAACUUGCCUAACCAUAUAGUAAGGUGCCUAAAUUAAGUAUUUUUCUAUUGUUACAUUAACAGAGUUUUGUUGCUUUUGUGGUAUAAAUUGAGAAGAUAAGAUGAUUAAUGCUUCAUACCUUGAUAUGCAUUCCACAUUAUAGUUGGCAUGUCAAACAAGAAUGCCAGCAGCAUUAUUGUCUUCAAUGUAAAUCUUACAGUUUUCUUGUGUCCAUACUCUAUAAUCAUGCAUUUUUUAAGGUAUGAUGUACUUGACUAUUAGUAGAUAAUAGUCUUGUUGAAUUUAUCAUUGCUCGUAGCUUUAUUAUGGUUUUAAAUACAGUACAUCUUUUCCAGCAAUGGUUUUAGUUUAGAUGAGACAUAGUUGGGCCCAGGCCGCCCAGUAGAUUACAUACGAUACACCUGGAAGAUUAACAAUAGAUGUGAUCACAUCUUUACUGAUUCGUGCUUACUUCAGGAAUGACAGUACAAUUAGUCUGAGCUUAUUUGAUAGCUUACAUAGGGUUUUAUCUUCAGUUUCCUUGAUACGUGAUAGCCUUUCACAGUGCAAGUCAGAAAGCUGCACCUUGGUACGGAUUAGCUACAUCACUUUUACCCUCGAUUUAAUCUAAAUUUUACCCACAAAGCCUUUCACAGUGAAAAGUCAGCUUGGUAUAUGUUGCUCUCAGGAGGAGGUCUGAUUAAUUCACCUAACUGCUGAUCAAUAUAAAUAUGUGCAUUUAUGAAGAUAGUAGUUAUUGAAAUGUUUCUGGAAGCCUUUCAUCAAAUUUUGUUGUCUGACUAGUUGUCAGAUCUGACAAUAUUUUUCUUGAUUUUGGUUGGCUGUUAAGAUAAAACAUUCAACAAAUCUCUUCAUGAAAUGAUCCCCAGUGUAUGCUUUCUCCCAAGGUACUGUUUCAUAAAGACUUGUUACAACAAAUUCCUUUGACAUAUUCUAUCAUCCAAUCAAAAUGAACAAUUUCAGUAGCUUUUAACUGUUAUUGCAAAUUUGCUAGUAUAACAAGUUUUAUGAAACAGGCCCAAGGUGUGUAUAUAAGUUCUGAUCCAUUUUGAUUAUGCUGCUGUCUUUCACCUUGAAGAAUCAAAUGUUAGCAUAAAGAAGAAUAUAUGUUGCAUUUGCUUUAGCCUAUGUUCCGUUUUUUGUUGUUGAAAAUAUAUUAUACAAAUAAUGAAUGUUUAUGAGUGCAAUGGACAGAAUACUUCAUGAGGAGAAAGAUGAAUUGAUCCAUUCAACGAGGCGUAGCCUCGUUGAAUGGAUCAUUCAUUUCAUCUUUCACCGAAUUAAGUAUUCUGUCCAUUGCACGAAUGAAAAGAACAUUCAUUAUUUGGUUUAUAUGACACCUAAAAAUAGAUUCUUUUUCAUAUGACAUUUGUGAAUUUUGAAGCAAAUUAUCAUGCUCAUGCAGUGCAAGCUCGGUCUGUUGAUUAUCGCGUACAUACAACAUGCGCGCUGCAAACACGAGUGGUGCCUGCAGUCUGGGUGUGUGCGUGCAAUGGACAAAAUCAUAUGGAUCCAAAAUUGCACGAUGAAUGGAUCUAAAAUUGCAUGGUUGUUGAUGUCAUUGUAAAAUGGGCUGAAUGAUCGAUAUCGACCAACCAAUCAAAUGACAAGGAUCUAUCUAGGUGUCAUAUAAUGUUCGAUUAUUUUGAUUAAGAGUAGAUAGCUGUACUUAAUUUUUCAAACUACUUGAUUUUAAAGGAGAUAAUGUGAAUCAUUAAUGCCUUUAUAAAGGACAAAAUUAUGAAUACUUUUUGAGGGCUCAAUUUUUCAAUGUAAAAUAUGAAUCUUGAACAUUUUCAUUUGAAAAGUACUGUGCGGUUUUAGGUAUCUCAUCCUUGGAUCUAAUUAGUAAUUGCACUACAGAGAGGUGUGAAUUAGUGUUCAUAGGUUGCAGCACAAGUAUAUGAGCUUUAGUUUAGGAACUUUUAUUGGUAUUAGCAUUUGGAAUAUAUUUCUUCAUACAAUCAGCCUUGCAUAUGAUCAAACUUGCACAAGUUGCAACAUUUCAUACUGUAAAUAUGGGAUAUUUUCAUGGUGUUGAAACUUCACAAAUUUUUAGCAAAAAUACACCACUAUUUUAAACAUGUAAUUCAAUUCAUGCAGUGAUCAAUUGUUCAAUUCAAUUGAGCAUGAAAUUGUAUUGUGUGAAAGUUUUUAUUUUUUAUGAGGGAUCUAGAUCUAUCUCCUUUAUUUUGCCCCAUUUAUUUUAAAUGUUGCUGUAAUUCAUGAAGAUUUCACAUGUCCCAUUUAAAUUUACAUCUGCAAGGCUGAUAACACUUUUCUUUAAGUCAGAAUGAUUUUCUACAGGGGUUUGCUCAUUUACAAUGCAUCAUUUAAAUGUUGGGGUUUUGUGCAAUUUUGUAACAACUAUACAUGAAUUUGUAUAUCAAAAAGAUAAACCUAGAAUCGUGUGGACCUUCUCAUACCUCUUUGGCUAGAAAUGUUCCACCACAGGUAUAUAUUGAUAGAUAUUGAAUAUGAAAAAGUUGUCAUAUAUAGAGCAAGAAGCAAGCAAGUAGUCUGCUGUGCAAACCCUUCACUUGAGUAAAGUGGUUUGAGUGCAAAGCUUACAAUGACUUGUGUACAGAAGGUCCCUCUCGCCAAGGGUUAAAUUGAAACUAAGUUUUAUAUGUUAGUCUUGUGUGAAGACCCACGUGUUGGUCAAAUAUUCCAUCAGGAUCUGUUCGUGCAGACUAUUUAGAGAGGGGUAAUGGCGUAGGAUAUCUGUCUUUAUACUGACAAAAACUUUUAUUAGAUUUUCAGCAUUAAUGUUUGUGUUCAGUACUUAUAAUGAAAAUGCGAAACUAUGAGAUAAACCAAGGAAAUUCAAUUUGCACCCAAAACUUAACCAAAUAUUAAUCUUAUUCUGUUUUGUAUUAUUGAAUACUUUGUGGUCAAGAUAUUUUGCACCAUGGACAAUUCCAUAUAGUGAUGCCUUUUUGUAUGUAUGAUUCCCAACUUUUUCUGUUAUACCGUUACUCUCUUUAUGAACCACUGCAGUCGUAAUGUAAGAGCAUUAACAACACUUUGUAUGAACUAGCAAAUUAAAAUGUAUCAUUUCAGGGAGAUCCCACUUUAAGGUAGCUAAAUAAGAAAAUCAUGUACCGGUAAGUAUUUUCAUAAUCUGACGUGCAUACUGUAUGGAAUUGCCCCAUCAAUGGAUACAUGUCUUGAAACAAAUAUAGUACUACUUUGAGUUGUUGGCAUUCUUUGUGAGGGUAAGUCAUGACAACAGUUUUAAUGAAUUUAUACAUUGUACAAAUGAUCCAAUGAAUUAAACAUAUCAAUAAUUAUUUCUCUUACAAUUUGUGAAAGUUUUACCAAAUUAGUAUGAAAAUAUCAUUCCCAAAAUGCCAAAUAAAUUGUCUUCCUGAAGUUCCUGUCAGAAGUAUAUAGUAUAAUAAAGAUAUAUUAAAAAAAAACAA